GCGUAUAUUGCCACUAUUUUAAACCUCCCUUAAGCCUAUACAUCAGUGUCCUAGAGCUGGAAUGGAUCCAGACAGCAGGAUCAGGCCCAGAUUAGCAGCCAACUGGGUGAUGCGCAUCGCUCUGACGGACUACUCGACCCUGGACGAGGUGCUGAGGGCCGUAGAGGAGAUGCCCUACGAAGGAGGUGGCAGCCGCACUGGGGAGGCCUUGGAGUUCCUCGCUGAGUCUGUUUUUGGGCCUUCCAUAGCCAGGGACAACACCCCCAAGAUCGCUAUUCUUAUAACCAAUGGCCGAUCUGAUGAUGCCAUUGACGGGCCAGCGAAUGCAGUGAGAGACAGUGGCAUCUCACUCUUUGCCGUGGGGGUGAGAAACGCGGACGUGACGGAGCUGCGACGCAUGGUGACGGAGCCGUACGAGGAGCACCUCCUGAUGAGCGCAGACUUCUCCUACCUGGACGACCUGCUGCUCCGGCUCUCACGCAGGGUCUGCUUCAGCGCCUCCGAACCUCCUCGACCCGUCACAAAGAGGCAACCAGCGGAGGCUUUAGUGAUCGUGGGGCCGAGGGACCUGCAGGUGAGUGAGCUGGCCUACAGCUCCCUUAGGCUGACCUGGAGUCCAGCCACCGGAGACGUGACGGGCUACAGGCUGCUGGUUAGCCCGCUCUCCCUGAAGGGACACCUGCUCUCGCCUCAGCAGAAACAGGUUGAUCUGAAGGCAGAUGAGAGUACUGCUCAGGUGGUUGACCUGACCCCAAAGACGGAGUACUCACUCACAGUGUACGCCAUUUACCCAGGACGCAUCGGGGACUCAGCCAGCAUCCUCACAGAGACUACUCCAGUUCCCCAGGUGGCUAACUUCCGUGUGAUUGAGGAGGGCCUCUUCUCCCUGCGCUUGGCCUGGACUCCUGCUUUAGCCAAAGUCACUUCCUACCAGAUCUCCAUUCCUCGAUCGGACCGCCCUGGAGUGGCGUACGAGCAGACAGUGCGAGGUGACGUCUCCUCUCAUGUGAUUGACAGUCUGGAGGAGGAUAAGAAGUACACGGUCAGCAUCUAUGCAGUCUACCCCGAGGGCAAGAGUGAGCCUUUGUCUGUAGUCGGCAGAACAUUGAAGCUGAUUACCGUCCGCCAGCUCCUGGUAGAGAACGCCACCACAGACACAGUGCAGGCGCGCUGGCUCUCAGUCAGGGGAGCCUCCGGCUACAGGCUCACCUGGGCCUCAACAGGGGCGGAUGGACACAUAGAGAGUGUGAACUUGGGAGACACGUACAACUUCUACAUGAUCCAAGGCCUCCACACAGGCACCCAGUACGCCGUCACCAUCAACCCCAUCUUUGGGGACAUCGAGGGCCCCGUCACUACAACCUGGGCCAAAACACUGGAGAACAGUGCGGUUCAGUCUCUCAGGGCUCUGUCCGUCAGCACCAGCAGUGCACUCACCUCCUGGACCUCCGUCCCUGGGGCUACCGGCUACCGGCUGGCCUGGGGUCCCACACCUGAGUUUGUGGGUCGUGACCGUCCCAGACAGCUGGCUCUGAAUGGCAGCACCACGGAGUGCCUGCUGAAGAAUCUCGUGUACGACACGGAGUACGUGCUCUCCCUCUAUGUGCUGUUUGGGUCUGUGGUGGGACCCGGAAUCACCGCCACCUUCCGCACCUCUCCUCUUGGCUAUGUGUCCAACUUUAAGGUCACCUCCUACACGAGCACCUCCAUAGACGUAGAGUGGAGCCCCGUAGUCGGAGCCAAUGAGUACAAGCUCACCUGGAGCCCAGACGGCACAGCAACUCAGAGCCGCUACCUGGAGCGUAGUGCAUUGACACACCACAUUGAUGGACUCAUCCCACAGACUGUUUACACUGUCAGCAUCUCUGCCAUUUACGGCAACACGGAGGGGCCAGAUGUGUCGCUCUCGCAACACACAGCUUCACCCACAGACUCUGAGCAGAUUCCACCUAUGAGGGAGGUGAAGGUGGUGGACGUUGGCAUCAGAACCUUCAAGCUCGCCUGGAAGAGGACGCCUGGGGUGUCCAGAUACAAGGUGUCCUGGAGUUCCUUUCAUGGUGGGGAGGAGAAAAGCCAGCUGGUUCCUGCUUCCUCCACUUCUCUGACCAUCACGGGGCUGCAGGAGAGCUCACCCUACAAGCUGCAGGUGUCGCCCAUGCUGGGGGAGCGAGAGGGCAGCCCAUUCAUGCUCACGGCACGAACGCUGGACAUGCCCAAAGUGAAUAACUUCGUCACCCUGGACAUGACAGACAACAGCACUGUCCUGAACUGGACGAGUGUUGCAGGGGCGUCUGGUUACCUCCUCUCCUGGAGGCACAUCUCACAGGUAGAGAGCACCACGGAGACUCUCAGCCCCGCUGUGACUUCGCAUAAGAUUGCAGACCUGCAGUACGGACGCACCUACGUCUUCACCAUACGUCCUCUUUACGGGGAGGUUGAGGGGCCUGUCACUACUAUUCACCAACGGAUAGUUGGGAAACCUCGUCUGGUUCCCCUUCACACUCUCUCUGCUACGUCGGCCCCGUCCCCUGCAAACACCAUCACUGCUUCCAAAACCAACAAAGGAGCCGCGUCUCGCACCACUGCCAGGAACACACGCACGCCCAUCAACAAGCUGCCCAGUCAGCCAAUCACUGUUCAGAAUCCAGAUUUCACAGAGACAACCCCUCCUCCUGGGACAGGAUGUGGUAAGACCAAAGCUGACAUUGUCUUCCUGGUGGAUGAGUCCUGGAGCAUCGGCGCCGACAACUUCGGGAAGCUGAAAGAUUUCCUCUUCCGGGUCGUGACCUAUUUCCCAUCUAUCGGACCUCGGGGCACUCAGAUUGCAGUGGUGCAUUACAGUGACAAUCCCAGGAUAGAGUUCAAUCUGAACGAUUACAAAGACCGCAACUCAGUGCUGAGAGCUCUCAGAGGAGUUCGCUAUGGAGGAGGAAACACCAAAACAGGCCGAGGCAUCAGCUACGUGCUGAAGGAGCUCUUCCAUGAGUCGGCGGGCAUGAGGCAGGAGGUGCCCCACAUCCUGGUGGUCAUCACGGACGGCAGAGCUCAGGACAACGUGCUGCCACCCUCCAGGAUUGCACACGCCCUCGGUGUCAGUGUGUUAGCCAUUGGUGUGGAACGUGCUGACAUAGAGGAGCUGCAGAAUAUGGCAUCUCCCACCAACUACAAGAACGUCUUCUUUGCCAGCUCCUUCGAUGACUUCCCCAACAUCGAACGGGAGUUCAUUGCUAGCCUCUGCAGUGAUGCUCUGAUGUCUGAGUUCAAGCAGCACGAUGAUGAGUCUGCACAACUGGACACCCCCACCAGAGACCCAGAGGCUUUGGCCAAGCCUGAGGGACCCUGCCCAUCCAGCUGUAUGAAGGGUCAGAAGGGUGAAAAGGGAGAUGGCUCUGGUCUUGGUGGACUGAGAUUGAAGCAGGUGUCCGGAGAGUACGACCCCUUCAAUCUCAAUGUCAAGGGGGAGAAGGGAGAGAGGGGUCCUCCUUCAACAGAUGGUGUUCCUGGGUUGCCGGGACGACCAGGAAGGACUGGACCUCCUGGUUCGGCUGGGCUGAGGGGUCCAUCUGGAGUCCCUGGUGACAUUGGACCUUCUGGUAUACCGGGACAAAAGGGCCAAAGGGGAGAGAGAGGAGAGCCGGGGUACGUGGUCGGAAGCCUGGAUGCGGCGCCUGGGCGUAAAGGAGAACCUGGAUCCUCUGGCCCCCAGGGUCCUCCAGGAGUAUCAGGGGUAUCUGGGCCCCCAGGCCUCCCUGGCCAGUCUGGUCCUCCAGGGGCUCCAGGAGCUUCGGUCAAAGGGGACACAGGAGUACCAGGUCUUAAAGGACUGCGGGGGAAAGCUGGACCAAAAGGAGACAAAGGAGACGGCGGCUCUGAUGGUCAGACUGGUCUAACUGGUCCGAUUGGGGUGGAUGGAAUCCCCGGAUCUCCAGGACAGAAAGGAGUAAAGGGAGAAGAAGGCAUUGGAAUUCAAGGUGUGCAGGGACCAAAGGGGACUCAAGGGGAAAAGGGAGAAUUUGGUCCAUCUGGUCCUGUGGGUUCAAAGGGUGAGCCCGGAAAUCAGGGGAUCCAGGGAGUCAUUGGUCCACGGGGGAAGAGGGGCUUGAAAGGAGACGGGGGGGAGAAGGGCGAACGAGGGGAGAUAGGGCCUGUCGGACCUCAAGGCAUCCAAGGCUUGCAAGGACAAUUUGGAUCCAAAGGUGAUGAGGGACGACAAGGACCUGCUGGUGACCCAGCUAAAGGGAUUCUUGGGCCUACAGGGAAAAAGGGUGUUCGGGGUGACCUUGGGCCUGUGGGGCCUCCUGGACUGCAGGGCAUAAAGGGAGAGCAAGGAGACAAAGGACAGAAGGGUAGCCCUGGCUUUGGCAUCCCAGGGCAGCCGGGUCCAAAAGGGGACACAGGAGAGAGGGGUAAUGUUGGACUGUCUGGAAAACCGGGAGUCAAGGGCAAUGAUGGCUCUAUGGGGGAGAAGGGCACCAUUGGAUUCCCUGGCAACCCUGGAGCCCCUGGACUAAGAGGUAAAGAUGGUGAAUCAGGGCCUAAAGGUGAUGUAGGACUUAAGGGUGACCCAGGAGCUUCGGGGGAACCAGGAGAGAGGGGCGUGAGGGGCCCACUUGGUCUGCCUGGGCGGCCAGGAGAUCCAUCAGAAAAGGGCGAGAUGGGAAAGAUUGGCCUGCCGGGCCCAGAGGGACUCAAAGGUGAACGAGGAGAGACGGGGAAGCCAGGACCACCUGGGUCUAUUCACGCGACCUCAUCUGGUGACAACAUCCUGGCCAGAGUCAUUAAGGGAGAGCCUGGAGAACAAGGUGUACCUGGCCUAAGAGGUCAAAUUGGACCAAUGGGUCCUGAAGGACCACCUGGCCCCCCUGGGAAAUCAGUGGGUGGGUCAGGCACUGGAACAGAUGGGCUGGAUGGGUUACCUGGCACACCAGGAUCCAAGGGUGAAGCAGGGAAAAAAGGAGAGCCUGGACCGAGGGGAGAGAAAGGUGAAGUCGGACGAGUUGGAAUUGCUGGGAUGCCCGGACUUCCUGGGACUCCUGGCAGACCAGGCAUCGAUGGAAAGCGGGGCAUCGCAGGAAAAGAUGGUGAACAGGGACCAGGAGGGAAUGAUGGGAAGAAGGGUGACAAGGGUGAAUCUGGUGCUGAGGGUCCAGUAGGAGGCAAGGGAGACCAAGGGCCUCCAGGACCACCGAUCGUCAUCAAAGUCUCAGACGACGGUGCCUCUGUAGAUGAUAUAAGGAAAGCUUUCCCCAUGCCGAUGGGUCCUCCUGGAGUGAUGGGCCCCCCAGGCAAGAAGGGUGAUCGGGGUGAACAGGGUGACCAGGGGCAAAAGGGCGAUGCUGGAGGACCUGGAAAAGCAGUUGAAAUGCGGGACAUUGAAGUCCUAUUUGAAUCCUAUGGCAUCCAGCUGCCCCUGCUGAAGGCAUUGAUUGACAGGUUACUUCAGGACGGGAUGGAGGAGCUGCUGCAUGAGUUCAACACCAACAGGAGAGACAAGGGCGAGAGGAAGGAGCCCAGCUCCAACGUCAUCACAGAGUACACAAGCGCUGUGAAGUAUGACGUCCCCAGUGAGGUGCUGACCAAGUCUGAGGUGCAUGGAGGGGAGGAGGAGGCAGGAGAAGAGGGGCCGCUACAGACACCAGACAUGGCUGAUCCUAUAAAUGAGACAAAGGGGGGUCCUGCAUUAUGGGAUGCCGUAACUCUGAAUGGAGAGUUUGGCCAUGAUGGAGACGUUGAGAGUAAACUCAGAGUGACAGGAGAUGAGAGUGAUCCUGAGCCCCCUGAAGACAACCUGCACAUCCUGAGCAGCCAGGAGGACUCACUGAGGAAGAGCUCAGGGGAGAGGAAGAGGGGCAGAGACCGAGGAAAGGGUAAAGGACACAAAGGACGACAUAAACGACAACGGAAGCGUUUGGAGGACCAAGAUGAAGAGAUUGGAGAGGAUAUGUAUGAAGCUGAAGAGUACAUCUAUGAAUAUGAGGAUGAACGGUUCACCAAGCCGCCCCCACUCUCCCCCCACACAAACAAUAAAGUGAAUGUGGUGUCACAUACAGUUAUUCCUGUGACAAAGCAUCAAGACCAGCCGCUAGAUUUGCAGGUAAUCUCAGCACCUACAGGCAGCCCUGUAACAGAGGCUUCACACAAAGGGCCAGAUCAGAAUCAGGGUGAGCUCACCCCAUCACCGUCUCCGUCAGUCAGCACAACAGACGCUCCACAAGAGGAGGUAGGAAUACAGACUAGACCUGCAUGCUGUCAGUUUGUCAUCAGAGGCAGUCUACAGGUUGCAUGGACUGACAAGUGCUUGGCAGUCGCUCACAGGCAACAAAGCAUGAAGAAUUGAUGACUACAGUCGAUUCGCCUGCGCAUUGUUGCCUACACAGCGAAUGGCCCAAGCACUCGCCAUUGGCUUGCUGAGUUUUUCUUUGACUAACUUCUUUUGAGUUUCACCAGUGUAAACGGUACAAGAGACAUGAUCAAGAUACUAAUUAUGAUUUUUAAACAGUCAAGCUGAGAGAUA